CAGGCUUCGGGAAGGAGGCUCCGUUCAUACCGAACUAUCUCUAGGACCCAGUGCUUCUCCUCCUCAGUCUUUGUAGUUUUUGAGUGGAGAUGAGGGAGACUGAGAUGCUUCUUGCUUAUCACGAUUCACAUCGAGCUUUUUUUUUUAACCAACUGAGGGGGGUGCUGAACAGGGCAAUUUGAAGCCAGGAUCAUCUCCCACAACUGCUGCUUUUUAAUUUUUAAUUAUUGUUCUCUUUUUUUUCCUUCUUUUUUUUUUUUUUUUUUUAGCUUUUAGCCUAUUUCACUUCUUUCCGUAUCACUGUUACAAUUUCUUUUUUAAUUUUUCUUCAAAUUUUGGAACACUAUGAAAGCCAAUGCAUUUUGGGUGCAUAACUGCUGCUGGCUGGGACUAUGAUUUCUCAGCUUUGUUCUCAUGACACACUUGCACUCGUUCAAUUUCAUCAAAACAGGAGAAAGCGCUGAUUUGUCUUUAACUUUCUUGCAUCUUCGACGAUUCCAGCUGCAGCAGGUACUUUCUGCUCUUGAGCGGCUGUCCUGCUGUGUGUAGGUGUUGAAGCAGCCAUGUGGAGCGGAGACAGCGCGCCUCUACUUCCCAUCUGCCUGCUGGCACUCACAGCUCUCUGGGAAACCAGAUCAGUGAACGCCGAUGACACAUCUGAUGCCUUUAAAACAAACAUCACCCUGUUCACACGGAUCCUGGACAGCUUGCUGGAUGGAUAUGACAACCGUCUACGGCCAGGUCUUGGAGACAGGAUAACUGAGGUGAAGACAAACAUCUACGUCACCAGCUUUGGACCAGUUUCAGACACUGACAUGGAGUACACCAUAGACGUUUUCUUCCGGCAAAGCUGGAAGGACGAGAGGUUGAAAUUUCAUGGACCGAUGAAUAUUCUUCCCCUCAACAACCUGAUGGCAAGUAAAAUCUGGACUCCGGACACCUUCUUCCACAAUGGGAAAAAGUCUGUGGCUCAUAACAUGACCAUGCCAAAUAAACUGUUGAGGAUCAAAGAUGAUGGGACACUGCUGUACACCAUGAGGUUAACUGUGCAUGCAGAGUGCCCAAUGCAUCUGGAGGAUUUCCCCAUGGACUUUCAUUCCUGUCCACUAAAAUUUGGCAGCUAUGCCUACACAAUCUCAGAAGUGACUUAUGCUUGGACUCGAAAUGCCUCUGACUCUGUGGUGGUGGAAGGAGAAAGCUCCCGCCUCAACCAGUAUGACCUGCUUGGCCAAACGGUUGGACAAGAAACUAUCAAAUCGAGUACAGGUGAAUACACGGUGAUGACAGCUCAUUUCCAUCUGAAGAGGAAGAUUGGCUACUUUGUCAUCCAGACGUACCUCCCGUGCAUCAUGACAGUCAUUCUUUCCCAAGUGUCUUUCUGGUUGAAUAGAGAAUCAGUGCCGGCUAGGACUGUGUUUGGUGUAACCACCGUUCUCACUAUGACAACACUGAGUAUAAGUGCGAGGAACUCCCUUCCCAAGGUUGCCUACGCCACUGCCAUGGACUGGUUCAUCGCCGUCUGCUACGCCUUUGUCUUCUCCGCUCUGAUCGAGUUUGCCACCGUCAAUUACUUCACGAAGCGCGGCUGGGCUUGGGAUGGAAAGAGUGUGGUGACUGACAAGAAAAAAGAGAGGGCAUCUGUCGCCAAGAAGAAUAAUGCCUACGCUGUAGCAGUAGCCAACUACGCGCCUAACCUCACCAAGGACUCCAGCACACUUCCUACUAUUGCCAAAGGUGGAGCUUUGGAUCCCAACAAGCCCAAAGCAGAUGGGAAAGCCUCAGACAGCAAGAAGACAUUUAACAGCGUGAGCAAAAUUGACAGGAUGUCAAGGAUCAUGUUUCCGGUUCUCUUCGGCAGCUUUAACCUUGUCUACUGGGCCACCUACUUAAACAGAGAACCCAUUAUAAAGGACAUGGUCCCCUCUAAUUAGAGGCCCGAUUUAAUGGGUUCUGGUCUUGGGACAAAGAAACGAGCCAAAUACCUCCAGCAACUGUGUACACAUACCUUUGCAGAGUGAAGUCCUGGAUUGCAGUGUGAUCCUCUGUGGUCUCUGCCUGUUUUCUACACCGUCUGCAGCACUUUUGAAAAGCCCAGCUUUUGUAAAUGUGUAUGUAUAUUUAUAUUCAUGGUUUAAUGGUGACAUAUUGUAUGAUUACUUUGAUUGGAGUGCAUAUUUCCCCGAAAGUAUGUUUCCAGUUCCAGUAUGUGGCCAGUGUACAUAAAUAUCAAAUGAAGAGUAAACCCAUAAACAUGGACACAUGCAUUUCA